GGCGCAUGCGCGCUACGGCCCUCGGGAGUCGCGUUACCAGCCCACGGAGGACCGGGAGCAGCCGUCAUCGGCAGAGAGGCGGCUCAGUCCCAGAACGGUCAUGCGCCGCUUAGAAGACGACGGUGCCGGCUCCUCAGAGUCGCAGGAAAUGUCGUCCACGGAGCUGCCGUGCCCAAAAGUUUGUCCACUUAUCUACGCACCCGUGUGUGUCGAAGACAUCAACCAUGACUACUACUUGUUCGUGAAUGAGUGUGAGGUGCGAAAGUGCGGCUGUGACGCAGGGUUCGUUUACAAGUUUGUACCAAGGAAGAUGUGUAAAGGAUCCACGUCACUCUGUCCAAUGCAACCGAAAUCUUCCCGGCGUUUGAUUCUAGAGGAAGACGCUGAAAUAGAAGACUCGUCCUCCAGCGAGUAACGUCCGAGUGGCUGUCCUGACGACAAGGAAUCUUCGUUAAGCAGAAAA